AUGUCAUCUGCCCGCACGUCCACCUCUGCCGCACAGCUGGGUGAUGCCGCCUUCGACAACAAUGUGAAGGUGAGCGCGGAGUUUUUAGCCCUCACGUAUGGUGCUCUUGUCCAGCAGCUGGUCGAGGAGCUCAUGCAGGAGGACGAUGUUGAGCAGGUGAAUCAGCAGCUCUACAACAUGGGCCACCGAAUCGGCGCUCGAUUAAUCGAGGAGUACAGCGUGCGCAGUGGUGCUGCUCCCUGCCGCACCUUUAGCCAAGCGGCAGAGGGCGUCGCUCUAGUUGGACUCCGCAUGUUUCUUGGCGUGAAUGCCAGCGUAACACAGGUGAAGGACACAUCCGACACGUUUGCCAUUAGCUUCCAUGAUAACCCGCUUGCCCUAUUCGUGGAGCUGCCGGACGGACCGCUGCGAAACUGCCUGUGGUAUUCAAACGUUCUCUGCGGCGUCAUUACCGGCGCGCUGAGUCUUGUCGGGCUGCAGACAGAAGCCCGCUUCUCACGUGACAAGCUGCGCGGCGACUCCAAGAACGAAAUCAUCCUUCACUUCAAGGGGCGGGAACGGGAGACGUUCCAGGUGGAGAGAAAUUAG